CCUGUUGAGUGUCUCCGUGGAUAAGGCUGGGUGUUGGCGCACAGUGUGGAGAGAAGUCGCUGCUUCUGAGUCAGAUAUCCGCCUGCUUCAGAGAAAUUCUCAGUUUUUUCUUCUGCAUAGAUACAACGUCGUAAAGGUAAAAGCAUCUGCAGUGAAAAUGGCAAAGGUCUGUGCUUUGGUGUUAAUGACACUCAUGUCGCUGGUGUUUGCAGAUGCACAGGACGCAGAGGACGACCCAUUUACCUUUGACUACCACAGACUGCGUGUUGGAGGCCUGAUUCUAGCUGCCGUCCUCUGUCUCAUUGGCAUCACCAUCCUGCUCAGUGGACACUGCCGGUGCAAGUUCAACCAGGACAAGAGAAGGAGGCAAGCAAGCAACGCUCAGCCAAUGCUCACUGAUCAAGGUCGUUCCUGCGACUGCUAGACAUUGAUCAGUAAACACACACUGAUGUCCCAAACCUGCAACCAACAGAACACAUGGAGGAGCAGCAGCGGGUUCAAACCAUCCAGCCAGAAGAUCUGAUGUCUUGUUAGAGAGCAGCAGAAAGUAGUCUUUGUGUACCUGCUAUGAGGAGCAAUGCUUUCUGCCUAAUAACUGAGCUACUGAUCUGAAGUCUGCACCUGCAUACACACACAAAACUUCUGUCACUUUCAUUUCAAUCAGUCAAACCCUUUUUACAUAUUUAAAAAAUUAAGAGUCAUUGAGACAAAGAAACUGCCCCGCCUUUUGAGAACUCAUCCUGUAAUGACCUUUAAUCAUUUAUUAGUAAUCGUUGUGCUGGAUUGAGCUGAAAGUGACUCCAAUAGACGGUAUCUCAAACCUUUUACCAAAAAUGUCCCUGUGUCCACAUACUGUAGCUUAUGUGAAUGUCUCACACUUCUUCUGUUAUCUGUUUAAACAUUGAUGUAGAUAUUAGCAGCUAACUUUGACAAGCCUAACCCACUGUUCAUGCUUUUAUGUCAAAGAUAUAUAAAAUCCACAUAUUCAUGAGUGUUUAGAGAGCUGUUGUUGAUAAUUAAUGAUAAUAUUUUAAUUCUUGUGUUUGGCUUUAUGGAAGAAUGUAGUGGAUUGCACUGUUCAGAGAUACAGAGACACUCUGUCAUGUUUCUAUAAACAAAUUAUUGAAACAAAAA